AUGGGUAUAACUUCAAGCAAAUCGGAUCAAGACUCACCUACCUUGUCGCCGAUCUCAACAAAGGGUGACCACUACUACUCUGUAUCUGAGCACUCGUCCGUCUCUGACACAUCAACAACAACUACAACAGCUACAGCAGAUACAACAGCAAACAACAACAACAAUAACAAUAAUAAUAAUACAAGUCGACGAAGUAACAGCACAUCGACCUCCUCCUCAAAGAAUGAGAAGUUGGCCAAGAGCAAAAAGUCAAAGAGAGGUAGCAAGAGGAUGACAUCGGUGGACCAUAAAUCAAACAGUAAUAGCUUCAUCAUCAACAGUUGUGCACCACCACCAACAAUACUGGGUGAUACACCUUCACCUCGUGGCCACCCAUCGACUACAACGAGGACCUAUUCAAACGAUCUCUCAUCAUCAGCGCCCUCACCUCCAGCAUCAGGGUCAAACAGCACGCUAGCCACGUCAGUGUUGGCCAACAGUCCCAAUCUCGACUUUGAGACAACGUUGGAGGAGGCCCACAACAUCCAACUACACCAUGCCUCCCCUCAGCAGCUGACUGUUGACUUGCCAAUGUCAUUGCAACAACAACACUCGACUGUGUGUGACCUCUGCAACCAGGUCGUGCCCACCUCGCAAUCAAUGUCGGUACCAUCGGGCAACCUGAGGCAUGGCAGUAUCUCCUCGGCCUCUGUCGACAUACUCAAGAGCACAACAGGUACACAGGGCAGCAAGCGAUCACUAUUUGACAGCUUUGACAGCAACAAGAACAAUGUAGCAUACACAACAACAUCCACAUAUUCAGCGGGCUACGAUGACAUUGCCGGAAGCAGUUACUCGUCAGCACAGCAGCAGCGAUCUUAUCAUCAUCACAACAACAAUGAACAGACUCUGAUGAGUCUGAACAGUAGUAUAUUCAGCAACAUGGACCAUUAUCUACCCAACAACAUACAGCUUUCAAUCUCCUCUCCCUCCAUUAUCACGCCGACAACCAACAAGUUGCUUAGCUCUAGCCAGCCACACAUUGAGGUGCCUGCACACCCCUCGAUACUGCACGCAUCUCUGGGCAGCACAUCAGAGCUCUUCAACAACUCGUUGAUUAGCUCGUUCCUCUCCUCGCAUCCACAGCCAAUAAGCGCGAUAUCCCCUCCUUCAACGCCUCGCACGUACAACCCCAAGGACUCGUCUUAUGACUCAAAGGACAGCUUUGUCAUGUCCAGCACGUCCCUGGCUGAGGCGCCUCUGCGACGAACCUCAGUGUCUCGUCCACGCAAUAAUCAAUCACACUACUUUGCACCAUCGAACGACUCUAGCUACAACGACUCUGUACACUUCAAUAUCAAGAAGGACGACUACUCCAAGGAUGUAUCAUUCAUGAACUCUGAUCACGAGAGCAACCGAGACAAGUCAACAUCAUCCACGUCCUCGAUCAAUCCAUCCAAGCUUCAACACUUAGCGACGUCACAACGUCCUCGUGGAAGGUCCAUCUCUGACUCUUUAUAUAUGUUAUCAAACAGCAAAGAGACUAGAGCAUUGGAGAAUGAAAAGAUAAAGAAGAAUAGAUACAAGCAAUUGCGAUCGAUACUCAAGGAGGUCACGGACAUCAUAGAGAUAAGUGACAUCCAGUUUGUACAAAAGAUAGGUGAAGGAUCAUUCAGUGAGGUCUGGGAAGGUUGGUGGAACAAUAUACAUGUGGCAGUGAAGAAGUUGAAGAUUGUGGACGAUGAGAGUCUGUUUAAGGAGAGGUUCAAAAGAGAAGUGGAGAAUCUAAAGAGGAGCAAUCAUCAGAACAUUGUAAUGUUCAUUGGAGCAUGUUACAAACCACCAUGCAUCAUCACAGAGUAUAUGAGUGGAGGCAGUCUAUACAGUAUCCUUCACAAUCCAAGCACGCAACCAAAGACAAAGUACUCAUUCCCGCUGGUGUUGAAGAUGGCCAGCGACAUUGCACUGGGUCUGAUGCACAUGCACUCGUUGAACAUUGUGCACCGCGACCUCACCUCUCAGAACAUACUGUUGGACGAACUUGGCAACGUCAAGAUAUCAGACUUUGGACUGUCUCGCGAGAAGCCUGCCGACGUCUCGAUGAACAUGACCAAUGGCGGCAUCUGCAAUCCUCGAUGGCGCCCACCCGAGAUCACCAAGAACCUUGGAAACUACUCUGAGAAGAUCGAUGUGUACUGCUUCUCCCUGGUGGUGUGGGAGUUACUCACUGGCGAGAUACCAUUCUCUGACUUGGAUGGCUCUCAGGCCUCGGCCCAGGUGGCAUACGCUGGCUUGAGACCACCAAUCCCCGAGAACUGCCACAAGGAGUUUGCUGACCUGUUGGUGCAAUGUUGGCAGACCGAUCCUGCCGACCGUCCACUCUUUCCCUACGUCGUGGCCAAGCUGAAAGAGAUCAGUUGGAACAACCCAAUUGGAUUCAUAUCGGACCAAGCCACCCGAGGCGAUUCAACAACGACGAACCAACCAACGACAACGACAACGACGACGACGAUGACGACAAACAAAGACACUCAGUAA